AUGCCAGCAAUGAUUCUCAAGAGCUUGAUUCUUCUAGGCAACGAGCAGUCACUGGCCACUCGAUUCACCCCCUUCACGGAACUUGAUAUCAACCCUCUCCCAAAAUCGCAUCGACGAGGUCUAAUAGUAAUCGCAAUCAUGGCCUCUCUUUCUCUCAUUGCAACAUCUAUGCUCCUCGUUUUCAUCACCUAUCGACUUGUUUUCUGGCGCGGGACCUACGCGCGAUACAUCGGUUACAACCAGUACAUCAUUCUUAUUUACAACCUUGUUCUGGCAGAUUUCCAACAGUCACUUGCUUUUAUAAUUUGUAUAAAAUGGAUCUUGGAAGACAAAGUCCAGUCUGGCUCCACCGGAUGCUUUCUCCAGGGGCUAUGGCUUCAAAUUGGAGACCCCGGCAGUGGUCUUUUCGUGUUUGCCAUUGCCUUCCACACACUCCUUUUAGUUGUCUGGGGACGCAAAAUGUCCCACAAGUUCUUCAUCUGUUACAUCCUCGGUGUCUGGGGCUUUGUGGUUACAAUCGUAAUUAUCCCAAUAGCACUACACGGGUUCGAUGUUUUCGUGCCGUCUGGGGCUUGGUGCUGGAUCAACGAUGAAUACAAGACCAUCCGUUUGUGGACUCACUACUUUUGGAUCUUCGUUGCUCAAUUCGGCACAGUCGCGUUCUACGCCGUCAUGUUCUUCCAGCUGCGCCGGCAGAUGGCCGCCUCCGCCAUCCUUGGCAAUAGCCAACUGGAGAGCCUCAAGCGUCUACGCCGUGUCGUAGGUUAUAUGACUACCUACCCAAUCGUCUACAUCAUCCUGUCGAUGCCCCUCGCAGCAGGUCGUAUGGCCGCAGCCAACGGCAAUCCACCCAGUGCCACAUUCUUCUGCUUUUCCGGUGCCAUCAUUACCAGCUCUGGGUUAGUCGAUGUCAUUAUGUACACUCUCACCCGCCGCAACCUGAUCCUCGACUCGGAACCCAAUCCAAACCGCUCCUACAACAUAUUUACCCGCAGCAAGGCCAAGAGAGGCGGCGAUACCCAAUUAAACACCAUCACGGUUGACAAUACACGCAAACUGGGCGACAGGUUCAUUGAUGAUUUUGGCCGUCACGGCUCAACGGAUAACAUCGUUCCACCCAGCAAAAUGGGCCGCCACGGCCAUGAUUUUGAAAGGAACUCCCUCGUUAAAGUGUACCAAGAAACCACCAUUGAAAUCACGCAUGAACCAGCAUAUUCUACUGAAACCCCCAGUCAGCGCUCUAGUAAGGAGGACUUCUCCCCUGGGUCGCCUCACUCAAGAUGGCUGAGAUGA